AUGGCGUCGACCCUAAUGACACCGAAACUUGGAUUUUCUCUCCCCCAGGAAAAAACUCCAAUUGGCUCUACGUCGGCGGCGGCCUGUCAGCCAUCUGCCAAAGAGCCGAAAGCGACGGCCAUCACAGCAUCUGGGCUCCAGUCUUCAAACAGAGUGACGAGUUCUACCGCUGAAUUUCAAAUCGAGGACAUCCCGCCUGCAUUUCGAGACUUGUGUGGAAUUGGCCAAACCUCCGACUCCUCUAACAACCCGUAUUAUCUUCCUCUGCCCACCCUAUUCGUCCUGAUGCGUCUUGAACCAUCGGCCGCCAAUUUGUCCAAGUUGGUCAUUUUCGUCGGACAGAUGCUGACCGGAUACCGCAGUCUCAUCCAGAAAAAAGACCCUAGAGCGCUCCUUAUAUUGGCUUAUUGGUUCGGUCUUAUGUGCAGUGUGGAUCAAUGGUGGAUACAGGAUAGAGUCAGGUCGGAAUGUCGAGCCAUUUCCUUAGCAUGUGGGCAUGCUACAAGCACUCAAACGCUCUUAGGAUUAUGA